GUUUUGUUGUGAACGUUAGUAGUCACUAUUAACUGAUCAGUCACUGAUCUGAACUACUUCGAUAAACUAUACUGUCAGCUGUAUUAUCAAUUAUGAACACGACUCAAUUGUUUAUAAUUUCCAUUGCGGUUUUUCUCGUACAUAGCGUAUUCGCAGAAGAUCACCCAGAAGAAUGUGAGACUUUGCCUUCUGAAUUGCAUAUCAUAAAAGAGGAGUUUGAUGAACUUGGACGACUUCAAAGAACAUGCAAUGGAGAUAUAGCAGUAAACAAGUGCGAAGGAGCGUGUAAUUCACAAGUACAACCCAGUGUCAUAACUCCUAGUGGAUUUUUAAAAGAAUGUUAUUGUUGUCGUGAAACGUUUCUGAGAGAAAGGAUCAUAACACUUACUCAUUGUUAUGAUCCAGAUGGCAUGAGAUUGACGAGUGAAAAAUUGGCUACUUUGGAAGUUAAACUUAAAGAACCAGCGGACUGCAAAUGUUUCAAAUGCGGAGAUUUUUCCGGCUAAAAUUAUGUUUAAAUACAUGUAAUAAUCAGCAACCUUUUCAUCGUACUA